AAAUGCCGAUGCCCCGAGUCGAAAGUCACAACAAAACGGCAAGGUUAUGUCGAUUUUUCAUUUAAAACUGAAUACGCAAGCUUUUCGUUCAUAAUGCGAGCAGUUAUUAAAUAAAUAUAAACGUCCUAAGAGUGCCUCAAAAUGAGCAAAAACAAACCGAACCCGUGGAAUAAAAAUAAACAGCCCCAAAACCCGCCCAAAAAGCGCCAACAAACGGGAAAUGGUGACGUCUCGGGUAGGUCAAAGUUCCAAGAGGCCCAAAUAAAGCUUCAGAGUGCCGUGGAGAAGCACCUUAAAGAGUACGAGUCUUCUUCUGAAGAAGAGGAGGAGAGCCUGGACAUAAACUUGCUAGAUAACAUAUUAAAGCAGUAUAAAGCUACAGGGGGCACCAAAGAUGGUACCAUUAAAACAGAGACUUUUAUUCAAGAAACUUUCCUAUCUGGGGCAAACACUUGUCUCAUAUGUAUUUCCAGGGUGAAAAGGGAUGACAAGAUAUGGAACUGCAAAAGUUGCUAUGGGGCCUUUCACCUGGACUGCAUUCAACGCUGGUCCAAAGACACGGUAAUGCAACAGAAACAACGCAUCCAAGACGAGGUGGCCCCUAAUAAGGGACACCAGCUCUCCUGGUGUUGCCCCAAAUGCCGCACCGAAUACCCUUCCGACAAUUACCCCGCGAGGUAUCUCUGUUUUUGCGAAAAACGCGAGAAUCCCGUUUACCAGCCGUUCGUGGUGCCGCAUUCUUGCGGCGAAAUAUGCCGUAAGGAUUUGGCACCCCCUUGCGGUCAUAAAUGUUUGCUUUUAUGUCAUCCGGGGCCGUGUCCGCCCUGUCCGGUGACGGUACGGGUGACAUGCCACUGUGGCACCCAAGAACCCUCCAUAAGACGAUGCUCCAAUAAGGGGUGGUCCUGCCAGAAUAUUUGCGGGAGAAAGUUAUCGUGCGAAAAGCACUCUUGCAGGCACACGUGCCAUCCGGGGGAAUGUCCACCAUGCGAGAAGAAGAGCGUGCAAAAGUGCAUGUGCGGAGGCCAACAGAAAUUGCGUGAAUGCGCCGAUCCGAUUUGGCAAUGCGAUAAGGUCUGCAACAAACCGUUGGAUUGCGGGAAGCACCGGUGCCAAGACGUGUGCCACGCAGGCGUAUGCGAUUCUUGUCCCCUCACCAAAACCAGAUACUGCCCCUGCGGCAAGUCGUCGUAUCUGCUUCCCUGUACCAAGGAUACGCCGACUUGCGGAAGCACCUGUGACAAAUUAUUGGAGUGCGGAGUGCACACCUGUAGCUAUCGGUGCCACAAGGACAAAUGCGGACUGUGUUUGGAAAUCGUAACGAAAUCCUGCAGAUGCACAUUACACACCAAAGAACUCCAAUGUUGCAAAACGUAUUUUUGCGAGACUAAGUGCAAGAAGAUGAGGGACUGCGGCAAACAUCCUUGCAACAGAAAAUGUUGCGACGGCAACUGUCCACCAUGCGAAAAACUGUGCAGCAACACUCUACAGUGCGGCAACCACAAAUGCCAAUCGGUCUGUCACAGAGGGCCCUGCUACCCCUGCCAGCAAACCAAAGAGCUUUCUUGCCGCUGCGGUUUCACUAAAAUCACGGUGGUUUGCGGCAGAAAACUGAAGGUCAAACCCCCAAAGUGUCAACAGCCCUGUUUGAUCCCUCCGGAUUGCCAUCACGAGCAACGCGUCAAACACCGCUGUCACUUCAACGAGUGUCCACCCUGCAAACAGGUGUGCGACAAGAAACAGAUGAAGUGCGACCACCGUUGUCCUGCGCCCUGUCACUCCUUCGUCCUGGUCAAGAUCGAGGAGAAGGCCAGCAUGCCUUGGGAAAGAUCCACUCAAGUUCAGAGGCAAAAUUUGCCGUGUCCCGAGUGUGUCGUACCUGUGCCGGUAACUUGUCUGGGUGGCCAUGAGACUGCCAACUAUCCGUGCCACUUGACCAAACCAUCAAGCUGCGGUCGUGCGUGCGGACGUCAAUUGCCGUGCACGAAUCACGCGUGCACACUGGAAUGUCACACCGUUAUUGGUGCCGGGGACGAUAUACACGGUGGGACAAACUGUGAGGCUUGUCACCAUCCUUGCGUCAAACCCAGACCAGAAGGGUGCAACCAUAGAUGCCCCUUGCCCUGCCAUUCCGGCGCUUGUCCACCCUGUAAGCAGAUGAUCAAGAUCACGUGCCACUGUGGACUGUCGCAGCCGUAUUUCCGAUGCGCGGACUGGUUGCAAGUGGACAAGAGAGAGGAGCUAAAGAGUUGCGGAAAUCAGUGUCCCAAAAAUUAUGAUUGCGGACACCGCUGCAAGUCCAACUGCCACUCGGGAGAGUGUCCCAAAGAGGUGUGUAAGAAGAAGGUCAAAGUCACGUGCAAAUGCAAGCGGAUCAAAAAGGAGUUUCAAUGCGAUACGGUGAGGAAUAAUGGGGCAUUGGUCAAGUGUGACGAGGUUUGUCUUGAAAAACAAGCCGAGGAACUGAAAAGGAGAGAGAAAGAAGAACAAAUCCGGCUGCAACAAGAAGAAAUGAAGAACCAGAAAGACCUAGAGGAGUAUCAGAAGAAAUUUAGUAAAAAAAGUAGGAAGUUUCGCAAAAACGACCAGGGGGAGCAAGAAGAGACGAGUUUCUUGAAGAAGCACUUGGUGCUGCUGAUGGGGACCUUGUUGGUAGCGGUCACGUCACUGGUGGCCUACCAGACAUUUGUAAAUUAAGUUUAUUGUGGUGUAUUCAAUUAUAUGGAGUUUUAUUAAUAAAAUUUAGUUUUAUGUUUA